AUCUCCAACUCAGAAUUCAUACACAAGACUCAAAACUUCACCACCUAAAAUGUCUUUAAUAGCAGAAGCACCAGAGUUUCUUCAAGUGUUCUCCGAUGGAACAGUGAAACGUUUCAACCCAGAAACAUCACCACCUUCUUUAGAUUCAUCCAGCAAAUACCUAUCCAAAGACAUAAUCAUCAACCCUUCUACACAAAUCACAGGAAGACUCUUCCUUCCCAAUAACCCAAACAAAAAACUCCUCCCUCUCUUAGUUUAUUUCCAUGGUGGUGGCUUCUGCAUUGGCUCAACAACAUGGCUAGGCUACCACGCUUUCCUCGGCGAAUUCUCCGUAGCGUCACAGUCGGUUAUUCUCUCUGUCGAUUACCGUUUAGCACCGGAGCAUCGUCUGCCGAUAGCUUAUGAAGAUUGUUAUGCAUCACUUGAAUGGCUUGGUGAGAAUGUGAAAGUUGAACCUUUUCUUGAACAUGCUGAUUUGUCUAAUGUGUUUCUCUCUGGUGAUAGUGCUGGUGGGAACAUUUCACAUCAUGUUGCGGUGAAAGCUAUUCAAAGAGACGGGCUUUGUCCGGUGAAGAUUAAAGGGGUGAUGCCUAUACAUCCUUAUUUUGGGAGUGAGAAAAGGACAGAGAAAGAGAAUGGUGAAGAGGGUUUUGAGGAUGUAAGAAUGAAUGAUAUGUUUUGGAGAUUGAGUUUGCCUGAAGAUUCUAACCGUGAUUAUUUUGGUUGUAAUUUUGAGAAAAAUGAGGUUUCUGAGAGUGUUUGGUUGAAGUUUCCUGCUGUUGAGGUUUAUGUUGCUGGGGAGGAUUUUUUGAAGGAAAGAGGUGUUAUGUAUGGUGAGUUUUUGAAGAAGAAAGGUGUGAAAGAGGUUAAGGUUGUGGAGGCUAAGGAUGAGAGACAUGUGUUUCAUGUUUUUUAUCCAGAAUCUGAUGCAACUAGGUUGCUUCAAAACCAGAUGAGUCAGUUCAUGAAGAGAUGUUGUGAGCAUUGAUAUGUUUAUUUAUUACUAGUGUCAAUAAGAAAUUGUUUGAAAAUGAAAAGGAUUGUGAUGUUUUGUUGUUAUGUUAAGUUUGUAUUAUCAUGAUUAAUAGAUGAUGAAUUGGGGCUUCAAGCUAUCCAUUAGAACAAUUAUGGGGCUACUGCCUAAAAUAAAAUGGUUGUUACUGAAUUACAAGAUGGACAUAUAGGUAGGUUGUAUUUAGUUGCAUAUGUGAACACUAUUAAGUGAUUUAAUUUCAUAAUAUUUUUUAUGUUAA